CGACAGUCGUUAAAAUGGCCACAGUUUAAAGCUGCGAACCUUGGUUACUAACGGUAGUUAACUAUCUUUAGUGAUAGUUGGACGUUUGUUGUAGCUAGUUGACUUAGCCAGCUAGCAAGAAAACGUUAUGCUAGCUCACAAAGCUAAUAACAACCAAAACAGCUAACUAGCAGAAUAAUGUCAAUGCUAAUGGAGUUUGCAAACGACAUCGCAGGCACUUAAAUCAGACCUCUGAAGAUUUAUUAACGCACUUUCGCCGGACGAUGGACGAGCUUGUCCAUGACCUGGUGUCAGCACUGGAGGAGAGCUCUGAGCAAGCUGCGCGUGGUGGUUUUGGGGAUGGAGGAGACCAUGCACUGGCUGUGGGCUGUCUGCUGAAGAGGCAGGCUCGGAAGCGGAGGGGCAGAAAACGACGCUCAGACAACCCACACCCACCUUGGGAGACAGGCCACCUCAGUGAGGGUUCAGAGUCCAGUGUGGAAGAACACAAGGACUACCGUGCCAGUACAGGGGCUGUAUCUGCUGCCAACAGCCAUGCCCGUGACAACAGUGACUCGGAUGAACAACUUGGCCCCAAACGGCGCACCCUCCUAACAGCAGACACGGGACGAAGCAAACGUCCGCUUUGGCCGGACGACUUGGGUGUCCUGGGGUCUGCAGAGGGAACUCGCAGCCUUAGACGGAGACGUAAGGUCAAACGUAUGGCUGUAGACCCACCUGUAGAACCAGAACCCCCCUCCUCCACCAUGCUAGGGCCCCCACCUGUCCCCAAAGCCCGUGCUGGCGGCAGGCCGCAUAGACUGGGUGCAAGUGAGGGCAGGGGUGCCAUGGAGCUCUGUGGGGGUGGAUUGGUAGGGCCAGGGGGAGGGAAGAACAGGGUGAAGAAGAGGAAACUGGCUCCCCACAGGCUGGGAGUGGAGGCUGCAGAUGAAGGGGUGGUGGUGGAGAGUGAGGACACCAUCUCUUCUCCAACAGAAGGGUCUAAGGACAAGAUGGAGUUGGAGGAGCAGAAGGGCUCGGAUGAGGACAUGAGUGACAGGUGUGAGACCAGCAGUGUCAGUAACAGCAGUGACGGAGGCCUCUACACCAAUGAUGAGGGGAGGCAAGCUGAUGACGAGCAGAGCGACUGGUUCUAUGACGGCGAUCCGGGCUCCAGUUCAGGGCCUGGAGGUGCGUGUGGGAUAGCAGGAGUGGUUCCCUGGUGGGAGAGGGAGACGGGGUCAGAGGAGCUGGACCUAGCUGACCCUGUCUUCAACAGCAUCCUUACUGGAUCUUUCCCCCUCAUGAGCCCUGGAGCACAGAGAGGGUUCCAGGCCAGGCUGAGUCAUCUCCAUAGUAACCAGCAGGCGUCUGAGGCGGGGCUGCAGGGCAGCUCCAGCCAAGGCUUCAGCAACAGACUGGGCAGACAAAGCCAGGACUCCCAUGAGCCUUGGUUUAGCUCGGGUUCGAGGAGAGAACACGGACAGUUGCAUUGGGACCCACGGUCAGACAGAGGGCAUCGGAGAAGCUGUUCAGUAAAAACAGCCAGCAGACAGACCAGCGGGCACCUCGGCUCUCUAUGUACAGGGGAUGUCAAGCGGAGGCGAAAAGCAGCCCCCCUUGGUUCCACCGCCCCCUCAGGAGUGGUCGGGGAGAACGCACCUCCCAUCCCUGAUACGAACAUGGGGAGCCGCAUGUUGCAGAGCAUGGGCUGGAGCCCAGGGAUGGGCCUGGGUCCAGAGGGCAGGGGCAUGACCGAGCCCAUCCGGGCCACACAGAGACCCAAAGGCACAGGUCUAGGUUUCAACUGAACACCUGGUUUUUGGAUCUUGAACCUGAAGCACGCUGGGACAAGAUGCCCCAAGACCUACAAGGAGAGUGUGGAAGACGAAAUGUUGCCCAGAGUGAUGACAAAAAAAAAAGGUCCAGAAUAAUCCAGGAAUGUGAGUCAUAAGAAGGGAAGGAGUGAGGCUUGUCCUAACAACAGAGUCUGUGAUGAAAGAGAAACUUUCCCAUAUUGGGGAAACUUCAAGCAAGCCAGGGAUAUCCACACCGACUGUUCCCACAAAUGGACAGAAUGACACGUGAAAGUGAAAGACUGAAAAUGAGCUGGAGAAAAGACUUCUUGCAAACAUGUCCUCUCAAAAAACUCCAUGUUGGAGAAAAUAAAUGACAUUGUUGCCUCUUUGUUAGUGUAUUAAGCUGGCAUGCUGCCUCAGCCCUGUUACCUCAGAUGCCAUUGUUACAGGCAAGAAACCUGGGGUAAUGUUGACCAUAUACUGAGUGUGCAAAUGAUGACGGUGUUUUUUUCUUUUCUUUUUUUUUCUCCUCCAGUCAGUGGUAUUGGUUAGUCAAUUAAUGAUAAAUGUUUUUUUUCCGAUAUUGCACAAGAAUUUUGGAAUCAAAGACUAUUUGAGUAGGCCAUACCUCAAGAUUAAUUUUAGGUUUUAAUGUAAUGAAGUUAAGGUACACUGUAUGGAUGUGUGUUGGAAUAUCUGGAUGUUUUCCCCAUCCAUUUUAUUGUUCAUUUAAUGGAAGAAGUCAUGUCAUCGGAAUGUUUUUAUCUAUCCAAAAACAAAAAAGAUAAAAAUCAAAACCACAUUUUUCCCCUUCAUUUAGCACCACUAUGUAUGCAUGUAAGCUGUGGCUGCUGCAGGUUCUGCUGAUGUUUACUGAGAAAACACAAGUUUGGUCACAUGAGGUAAAGUCUUGCCAACAACGUGCUUGACUGUCCUAUUUUACCCAUUUUGUUUAGGUAUGGUUAUAUGAUUGUCAGGUUACGAGCAUUUGUCUCCAUACAGGUUUGGAAAUUCCAGUGAAAUACAGAAGAUUAAUAGAUUUAGCUCAUUUCAAUGUCUUCAGAAUUUGAAAAAAGUGAAAGAAUAAUACACGUAUCAGGUCCUACAUACCCUUUGUUCACAAGUGUUUUCACUUAAUUAGCCUGAUUAGAGCUUUUCUCAGGACUGAGGGUGAGUAUAGACUGCUUGAGAUCUAAUGUGACAGAAGUGAAAACACCUACUGUAUGUGACUGCAGGUCCUACAUAACUGCAAUACAAUAAAGGAAGUUUAAUUACA